AUGUCGUCAGGAAGACCGAUUAAAUGUGUUGUAGUGGGCGAUGGCACAGUUGGAAAAACAUGCAUGUUGAUAUCUUACACUACUGAUAGUUUUCCUGGUGAAUAUGUGCCUACAGUAUUUGAUAAUUAUUCAGCACCAAUGGUUGUGGAUGGAGUGGCUGUAUCACUAGGACUCUGGGAUACAGCAGGCCAAGAAGAUUAUGAUAGACUAAGACCCUUAAGUUACCCACAAACUGAUGUCUUCCUUAUAUGUUUUAGUGUUACCAGUCCUUCAUCUUAUGAAAACGUAACUUCAAAGUGGUAUCCAGAGAUAAAACAUCAUUGUCCUGAUGCACCUAUUAUCCUGGUUGGUACAAAAAUUGAUUUAAGAGAUGAUCGUGAGACACUUAGUCUUUUGUCAGAACAAGGAAUGUCUCCUUUGAAGAGGGAACAAGGACAAAAACUGGCGAAUAAAAUAAGAGCUGUAAAGUAUAUGGAGUGUUCGGCUUUGACACAGCGCGGCCUUAAGCAGGUAUUUGAUGAAGCGGUGCGUGCAGUGUUACGGCCAGAGCCUCAGAAGAGACACCAAAGGAAGUGUUUAAUUAUGUAA